AUGUUCACUAUCUGGAACCUUAUUGCUGAUUUGAUAGAAACACAAGAUCUUAAAUCUAAUGAACAACAACAAAUCUCGGACUUUUAUGCAACAACUGGAACAGUGUUUCCUCGUUUAGUAUGCUUGAUGCAACUGUAUUAUAAUGCAAGUGAGAUACUCGAACGUGUAAAAGAUACAAUAAUCUUUACUGAAGGUGAUAGUCACGACUUAGUUAUCAAUGAGAAUUUUGUGAAUUCUGUGGCAAAUAUUAUAAAAAAAGAUUAUCAUGUAUAUGACAAAACUUAUUUACCAUAUACGGAAAAUAAUCAAGUAACAAUGGAUCCAAUGGUUAUCGUUGAGAAAGAUGUAGUGAUCGCCGCGUGGAAAUGGUAUGAGCACCACCUAAAUAUUGCUACCAAAUUAUUCACUAUUGAUCAUGAUUUUUCGAAUAAGUCAAUUAUUGCUUCCUCGUUGUCGUUUUCUUCCAAGCCCAAAAUAUUAAAACAAUUGAUUAUGAUGCUUGAUUAUAACAUUUUCCCGUUAUCAGCUAUUAGUGUCAAAUAUCCGGUUACCGGACAGACGUAUGUAACAUCUUCAAUUGCAAUUGAGUAA